UUCCGAUCAACAUGAUAAGAUCAAAUCAGUCGAACGCGUGUUUUCAUCAAAGACCAUCUCGUAUCACAGAAUAGCGACCCUUAAACGGAAUAAUUCGACCCGAAGGAUCGAUGCAUCAUGAAGCGUUCGAUUUUAAGCAGCUUAUUGAUCGCUAACGUGAUUUAUUAUUGUUCCCAUACCAUUAGCUGCAAGAAAAGUGACAAACCAAGAAGAACGAUAGCAACAAUGUCGACACCGGAAAUGGCAUACGAUUCGAAUACAGAGGCGAUCAGUGAAGAAUGGGAAUGGGCGGAUAGCAACUUUUUGAAUAUCAGUACCAACGAUAGCCAGCAGCUGGUUGUAGAAAUCUUGAGGAAGUAUCUGGAUAACGAUACGUUGUUUGUGGAACUUAGCUCGGGCAAUGGAGAGCGUAUUGUAAAUUUUGCUCAAAACUUUCCUUACGUUACGUUUCAACCUACCGAAUACGAGAACGAUCCGAUGAAGAUGGCCAAUGUUCGUCCUCAAAAAGUGCACUAUAAUUUGAGUAAUAUAAGAGAUCCGGUGCACGUGGAUAUCGAGUCAUCUUCGAGAAUGUGGUUCGAUGGCAGUAUCUAUGAGGAAAGCGUCGAUUAUAUGUUCCUCGUUGCUAAUUUAUUGCACGCGGCGCCUCUGAAAGUCACUACAGGAAUAUUCGAAGGCGCUGCCAGAUACUUGAAGCCGGCAGGUUAUCUAUUAAUGUACGGACCCUUCAAACUGCAAGGAAAAAUAUACGGUGACGAGAACCUAAAACUGGAUCGUGAUUUGAGGAAGAAAAACUUCAAGUGGGGUUUGCGCGAGGUAUGGGGAGAGCUGAACGAAGAAGCCUUCGACGUUGGCAUUUAUUUAGAAAUGAUAUACAAAUUACCCGAUCAAAAAAAUCAAAUAAUCGCGUGGAAAAAGGACGAGAUCAUGCAAUACCAUCUGGAUGAAUCGAAAAUAGCAGUAGACGAUGCAGUCACCGAUAUGGUCAACUAUUUCGACGAUGAUUACGGUGAUGACGUCCCCGAAGAUGAAAACGAAAACGCAAAUGCUACGUUUUAUACGACGAUGAUGCCGACAGGGGCGUACGUAGAUGAAUAGGUAAACAUGCCUUUGAUUAUAGAUACCUAUCUGUGAUCAAAAGUAGGCACCAUCCUUGAUGUUAUUUUCCAAUAGUCCACUCCACUUGUCCAGUAUUAUAGGCUGCCUAUUUCUUUCGGUGGCUGCAAAAUUUCAACAUUUUGUUCUGAUUGAGAGUUUGCUGAGCAAUUGAAACCGGUUUGUUUUCAAUUAAUUCGUAUAUGAACUCUUAGAAACUGUUUCAUAAAGGAGAGGGAAAAAAUUAUCAUCGUGUUCGUUAUAAAUAAUAUUUACUAAUUAGGUACUUUUUAUACGAAGCCUUACAAAUAAAUAAAAAAUCCAACACUAAUUUAACAAAUUUUUGACAAUUUUUGGCAACGAAAUAAUACGUAAGUAUAGCAAAAAAGUAUUAGGUACCUUUUGAAAAUUCACUGGCAAAAAAGUGAUACUUUUUAGAAAUUUUUGGCAAAAAAAUACCAAGACAUUUGCGUGAUUCUUGAAAAAAAAAUACUUUAUUAAUUUUUCUAAAAAGUUAAAAUAUUAUUUUUCAAAGUGCUAGACUAUGACAUUUCAGAGAAAAGUAGGUAAGGCCUUUUUUUUGAUUAAUUGAAGGCCAAAAAAUGAUGAGAUACUUUUUCACAACUUGCGUCAAAAACAGCGAGUCAGAUUUGGAUAAUUCUUGAAAAAAUGUGACACUUUUUGGAAUUUUUUCCCCAAAAAUUAGCAGUUUUACUAAAAAAUGAAAAAAAAUUUGUCAUUUUUAAAAAAACUAGAACUUUUGAGAAUUUUUGGCAAAGUGCAGAAUUUUGACAAUUUCAGCCAAAGGAAGGAUUUUUAUGGCAAUUCCUGGCAAAAAGCUAAAAUUACCUAUAGGAACAUUCGUUUUUCAAAAAAGGAGACUUUUUGGAAUUGAAAAAAAAACGUGGAAUUUUUCAGCAUUUUUGUCAGAGUACUUUGACAAUUUUAGCAAUAAGCAAGACUUUUAUGGCAAUUAAGUAUGCAAUUUUGGUCGAAAAAGCGAAAAUUUUGGACAAUUUUGAAUAAAAAGAUGGAUACCUAUUUAUUGCAAUGUUCUGCAAUUCUAAAAAAAGCGAGCAUUUCUGUUUGAAAAAGCAAGAAUUUUGCCAAUUUUUGCAAACAGCAAGACUUCGACAGUUUUAGCAAAAAGCAGAACCUUUGGUCACUAAUCAGGGGCCAAAUACUUAAUAAGAUACAUUUCGCAAUUCCUCGCAAAAAACAAGACUUUUGAAUCAUUUUUGGAAAAAAGUUGGACUUUUUGUAAUUUUCUGCAUAAAGACGACAAUUUUUCAGCCAAUUUUUGUGAUAUGCAAAAUUUUUUGUGAUUUUUGAAAAAUCGAGAAUUUUUGACAGAAAGCAAGACUUUGAACAUUACAACAAGAGGAAAUGCUUUUUCGUCAAUUUCCAGCAAAGAAUGUUAAAUUUUUGGUCAAUUUUUUAAAAAUGGGAGACAUUUUGAAAUUUUUGGGGAAAAAGUGACACUGAGUUUUUGUCUAUUUUUGGCAAAAAGCAAAACUUUGACGAUUGUAGGAAGAAGUAAAGUACAACUGUGUAGCAAUCAUUAAAAAAAAUACUUACACCUUCUCUUUUUUGCAAUUUGUGUAGGAAAAGCAAAAAUUCUGCACAAUUUUGAAAAAAAAUAGGACUAUUUGGAAUUUUUUGCAAAAAAAAAAGACAAUCUUUAGUCAUUUUUGUGAAAAAGCUACAUUUGUGGCAAUUUUUCGCAAAAAGCCAAGAUUUUUGGAAUUUUUUGGAAUAGUGAAAUUUUUUUCAAUUUUUGCCAGAAAGCGCGAGUUUCUGUCAAUUUUUUUGCAAAAAGCAACACUUUAGGGCGAUUAUAGGCAAAAAAGAUCUUUUAUGGCGAUUUUGGUAGAAAAAGCAAGAAUUUUGGACAAUUCUGAAUCGAAAGUGGGAUAUUUUAGAACUUUCUACACAAAGCGACAAUUAUCUGCAAUUUUUCUAAAAAGCGAAAACCUUUGUAAAAUUUUGAAAAAGCGAGAAUUUUGUCAAUUUUUGGCAAAAAGCAAAAAUUUGCCAAUUUUAACAAAGAGUAGAAACUUUAGUUACCUAUAGGUAAUUAUAUUGGAGGCCAAAAAAUAAUAUAUUUUUGUAGUUCCUGUCAAAGAAAUGAGACUGAUGAACAAUUUUCGGAAAAGAAUGACUUUAUUAAAUUUUGUGCAAAUAAAGACGACAAUUUUUCAGCCAUUUUACUAAACAGCAAAAAUUUUUGUCAUUUUUAAAAAUGUUGGAUUUUUUUUUUUAAAACAUUAACUUUGACACCUUUAGCAAAAGGGUGCGCUUUUUUUUGGCUAUUUCUGGCAAAAAAUCUGAACUUUUUUGGAAUUUUCUGUAAAAAAACGACACUUUUUAGUAUCUAAUUUUUCUGAAAAGGUGAGAAUUUUUGACAAUUUUGGACAAAAAGAAAAAGACUUGGAAGUUGGACAAUUUCUUGGGAAUUAUUGGCAAAAAAGUUAUAGUUUUCUCGCAAUUUCCUUUUUUGACAAUUUCUGGUAAAAGCGACACUUUUGGGUAAUUUAAAGGGAAAAAAUUUGAGAACUUUAUGAAGUUUCCACGAAAAAGCGAAAAUUUUCAUCAGUAUAUACAGCAAUAAUCGAGACCUUUUUGGCGAUUUCGACAGAAGGCGAAAUUUUUCGCUAGGUAUUUGGCAAAAAGCGAGACUUUGACAAUUUUACUAAAAGGCAGAGCUUUCCAAAAUAUCACCAACAAUAACUUUUCACCAUGAUAGGAAAUUUGAUGAAUGUUUGUUUCGUCUUCGAGUCUAUUAGAUAUCGACAAUACUCAGUACCUAAGUAAGUACCAGAUUAUCGAUAUUUGAUUCGAAAUGUCAAAAAUAUCGAUGUAAGCUUGUACAAAAUAAACUCUCGUUUCGAACUCUCUCAAAUUGAACCGUUCCAUCAGCACCACAGCCGGAAAAUUCUACAUACUUUCAAGUUGGCCAUCUAAGAAUUCUGAAUUAUUUUCCAUCAAUGGAAAUUUCUCGAUUUUCGAAUCAUUCAUCUAUAAAUUUAUUCAUUCAUUUGUUUGUUCGUUUGCUUGUUCAUUUGUUUGUUUGUUUGUUUGUUCGAUUGUUCGCUUGUUUGUUUGUUUGUUUGUUUGUUUGCCUCGUAAUAUUACUGUAUUGUUAAUACAUACUUAUGUAUUGUAA